AUGAAUCUCCAACAGUCGAUCUCUCUCGUCCAAUCCUGGUCUCUUUCGUAUUGCGCCCAGCUGCCCGAGCCUGUACGGACUGCCCUUGACCGUCAUCCAGCCAUCCCGCUAGCCCUGAAUUCUUUGCUCGCUAUUGUUGUCCUGCGGUAUCUGAACCGCGCCCUCACAUCGUGGUCACUGGGGAACUGCUCCGCCAACAGAUGGAACCCGAAUCGUGAGCUGGUCCUCAUCACCGGUGGCAGCAGUGGCAUCGGCCAGCAGGUCGUCCUGCAGUUCGCCGAGCGGGGUGUGAAGUGCAUCAUCCUCGACAUCCAAGCACCUACCUAUACUCUGCCCAAAUCUGCUCAUUUUUACAAGACGGACAUCACGUCCACCGACGCGCUCCAUGCCACCGCCGAGCAGGUGCGCGCCGACCACGGCCACCCGACGGUGCUCGUCAACAACGCCGGCGUGGGCCACGACGGGACCAUCCUCGACGAGCCCGAGAGCAAGAUCCGCCAGACCUUCGAGGUCAACACGCUGGCGCACUUUCUGACGGUGCGCGAGUUCCUGCCGGCCAUGCUGGAGCGCAACCACGGGCAUGUGGUCACGGUGGCGAGCAUGGCCAGCUUCGUCGCGCUCGGCGAGAUGGUGGACUACUGUUGCUCCAAGGCCAGUGCGCUGGCGUUCCACGAAGGCCUGGGCCAGGAGAUUCGACACUGGUAUAAGCGGCCUGGUGUGAAGACGAGUGUCAUCCAUCCGUAUUGGGUCCGGACACCCAUGAUUCAGCAACUGACCGACGCUGGUGAUCUGUUCAAGCAGCCGGUCAUGACGGUGGAGCGUGUGGCAACGGCGAUCACGCGCCAGGUGGUGUCGGGCAGGAGUGGGCAGGUCAUUCUUCCUGAGGCUUACUCGGUCGCCAGUAUGGUGCGGGCAUUUCCAACAUGGUUGCAGGAGCACGUACGCGGGCUCUCUUCGAAGGACAUUCGACGGCUUCGGGAAGCGCAGAAAUGA